GGGGUUGUGACCCCCAGGGGUCUGUCUUCCUGGCACCCCUGUGUCACAGUGAGCUGGCUCUCCAGAGGUGCUGUUUGGGCCCUGUGAUCCGCUGGCCAUCGCUUCCGAUUUGACCCCCGCCGACCUGCCAGCUGCCUCGGGGUCCUGCCCCCACCCCUUCCGCCAGACAAGAUGCCGAUCCUUAAGCAGCUGGUGUCCAGCUCGGUGCCCUCCAAGCGCCGUUCCCGAGUGGACCUCACGGCGGAGAUGAUCAGCGCCCCGCUGGGGGACUUCCGCCACACCAUGCACGUGGGCCGAGGCGGCGACGCCUUCGGGGACACCUCCUUCCUCAACAGCAAGGCUGGCGAGCUGGACGGCGAGUCCCUGGAAGAGCAGCCCUCGGCCUCUUCCUCCUCCAAGCGCAGCCUCCUGUCCCGGAAGUUCCGCGGCAGCAAGCGGUCACAGUCGGUGACCAGAGGCGACCGGGAGCAGCGGGACAUGCUGGGCUCCCUGCGGGACUCGGCCCUGUUCGUCAAGAAUGCCAUGUCCCUGCCGCAGCUCAACGAGAAGGAGGCCUCCGAGAAGGGCCCCGGCCAGCUGCCCAAGAGUCUGUCGUCCAGCCCCGUGAAGCAGGCCAGUGGUGGGGAGGGCGGUGCUGAGGACGAGGGUGUGGGCGAGGCGCCUGCACCCCGGCGCAACGGGGCCACCGGCCCCCACUCCCCGGACCCCCUCCUGGACGAGCAGGCCUUCGGGGCCCUGACGGAUCUGCCCGUCGUGCAGAAGGCGCCUGGCUACGGGCUGAAGCACGCUGAGUCCAUCAUGUCCUUCCACAUCGACCUGGGGCCCUCCAUGCUGGGCGACGUCCUAAGCAUCAUGGACAAGGAGGAGUGGGAGCCGGAGGAGGAGGAGGGUGGCGGUUACCAUGGAGACGAGGACCCAGCGGGCAGUCUCACCCAGCGGCCGCCCCUGGCCUCCGUCCCUGCCCUGGCCCCGCAGGAAGGCAGGGCGGGGCCCGACUUGGCCCCGCCGCCCUCCCAGGCUCUGCAGGACGAGGGCUGGGCAGCAGCGGCCCCCAGCCCCGGCUCGGCCCGCAGCGUGGGCAGCCACACCACGCGGGAUAGCAGCUCCCUCUCCAGCUGCACCUCGGGGGUGCUGGAGGAGCGCAGCCCCGCCUUCCGGGGGCCGGACAGCGCCCGGGCCACUCUCCCCAGGCAGCCUGACAAGGAAUUCUCCUUCAUGGAUGAGGAGGAAGAGGACGAGAUCCGAGUGUGAGGCCCUCGGGAGCCCCACGCUCUUGGCCUCACCGCCCGGCUCAGCCCACGGCCCCUGCCCCCUGCAGUGGGGGCAGCCAAGAGCCUGGUGGGCAGGACCCUGGACCUCACGCAGGAGGGGCGUUGGCCUAGCCGGAGGGCCUUGAAGGGCCUGGGGAGCUGGCAGGCGUGCCAGAUGGGUGCCUGGCUUCACCGCACCCCCUGCCGUCCCGGGCCCUCCAGACGGGCGGUGUUCUCACAGCAGAAACCAGUUUUCCUCUUCCAGGCCCAUUUUCUCCGCCCUGACCUCAAAUGGAGGCCAGAUGCCAACCUGAGUUCUUGGCCCAUGCAGCAGUAGCAGGUCAGCCCCGGGGCAGCCAGGGAGGCCACGUCCCUCCUGGCCCCUCCUGGCCUUGAGCGCUGCCUGGCAGCACUGCUGGGGAAAGGGGGUGUCACAGCCCCCCCACACACCUGGCCCCCACACCAGCAGCCUGGAGCCCUCGGAGUAAACCCGACUGAGGAUUUGUACACUCAGUGCAGCCCCUUUCGGGGUGAGAAGGACCGGACACGGAAAGGUCCAGAAGGGGCUAGGAGCAGGCCUGGGCACAAGCUGGGCCCGGGGCUGUUCGUUCUCACCUGUUGUGUUUAGAUCCUUCUAGAGCAGCAUCAGGAACAGAGUUAGCAAUUCGGCCACCAGAAGCCAGGAGCCAGAAGGGAAGGAGGCCUGUGUAGGAGACCUGAAUAGAAGUCUCCCCUGGAAGAUUCACAGUGAAUACUUAGCACACUUCAUCCGAGGAGGAGACCCCAGCGCAGCGAGGACUAGGCUGCCACACUUUAUUUAGAACCAUAUGGGGUGUCUGUGUGCACUUGUCUAACCCCCUCCCCCCGCCAGAUGUUAACAGCUGAAGGUGGCCAUUGUAGAAAUUUCUGGAAAAUAGUUUUUUAACAAAUAAUAUAUCGUUCCAGGGGGAGGGAGUAAAAGCUCCUUUCUGACCCAGUGUUUCCUCCCACCCCCAUCCUGCUACUUCCCCUUCCUUUCUCAGGCCUCUGCCAGCUUGAGCCACCCUCCCCCACUUCUGAGGCCAGGCCCCGCGGGCAUAGGAUUGCCAGAUUUAGCAACAAAACAACCAGAAUGCCAGUGAAAUUAGGAUUUCAGGUAUCCAGCGGAUAGUGGGAUAGUGUGUGUGUGCUCUCUGCUAUGUUUGGAGCGUAUGAAUGCUUAAGGGAGAUUUGUCUUUCUGGAAGUCAGAUUCCUCUCUGUCCUAGGGGGUUGAGAAGAAGCUUGGGUGUGAACGCCAGGGCUGCUGAAGGUUUUUCUGUCCUGGGGACGGGCAGACCCACCCUCCCUCCCGGGGCAGCCCCAGCCCAGCCCCGGGUGGAUGCAGCUGCCCACCCCACCCCACUCCUCCCCUCCUUUGCUGGAUCCUGACCUGACUGAGACCCUGACUUAGUCCCUGAUCCCAGCGUCCCUUGGUGCUCUGGUUCCAGUAGCUUCCAGUAGCCUAUCUCCCUUGGCGGGGGGAGGACGGGGAAGGGUGGGGUGGCCCCAUCUGCUGCCUUGAGACCCAUCCAGACAAUGGCCAGUCCCAGAUUCUAAACUGUAUAUUUUUUUCAUGAUAUUGUUAAAACAGCAAGGAACCAUUAAAAAGCUC